UUAAGUGUGUGUUACCCUUUUUAAUUUUCUUUAAAACACCUAGCUAGGUAGAGAGGUUGGUAAGUUGUAACUAGUAAGUAACGAACUCUCUUUAAAUUUUCUUGAAUCCAUGAUCUAUCUUUGGUUCCUCUGAUGGUGAAGAAGAUGUCGACUUUAGAUCUGAGCGGAUCGAAGAAAAGGAAGAGAAAUAAUAAUGAGAGGGUACUAUUUAAGUUCAAGAAUUUUGGUGAACAAGGGUUUCCUACAGAGUUUAUUGGGUGCAAUUUCGACCAAAAUGUCAAACUUCUUUUGGAAUUUGCACAACAAGAAAAUGGGAGUAUUUGGUCAUUUCAAUUGGAAGUUCAUAGACAUCCACCAAUGCAUGUGUUCCUAUUUGUUGUUGAAGAACAAGUUGAAUUGUCACUCAAUCCUCAUUGCAAACAUUGUCAAUACAUAGGAUGGGGCAACAAUUUGAUGUGCAACAAGAAAUACCAUUUCCUAUUGCCUUCAAAGGACACAAUUGGAGCUUGUGUAGAAGGAGGAGGUGGACAAAAAUACAAAUACAAAACAGAUAGUAAUAAUAUUAUUGGUGGAGAAAUAAUUAAAAGUAAGUUGAAUUUGAUAGAAAUAGAAGGUCAUAUGAUGCAUGGUGUGUUUCAUUCUAAUGGUUUUGGGCAUUUGCUUUGUGUCAAUGGAUCAUUGGAGACUCCUACUUCUUCUGACUUGCCUGGCCACUCUAUUAUGGACUUUUGGGAUCGACUUUGCAUUGGACUUCGUGCUAGGAAAGUAAGCUUAAGAGAUAUCUCAACAAAGAAAGGCAUGGAUCUAAGACUACUCAACACAUUAGCCUAUGGUGAGCCAUGGUUUGGUCGAUGGGGUUACAAAUUUGGGCGUGGAAGCUUUGGUGUAACACAAGAAACAUAUCAAAAUGCAAUUAAUGCCUUACAAAACAUGCCAUUAGCCUUAUUAGCACAUCAUCAUGUAGGGAUUAUAAAUAUAAAUGAGAUAUUAAUAGUGUUAUCAAGGUACCAAAUGUUAUCUGGUCACUCAUUAGUCACACUUUGUGAUGCCUUUCAUUUCAUGUUGGAGCUCAAAUCAAGGAUUCCAAAGGAAAACAAUAAUCUUACCUCAUGUUAUCCAGGGUUAUUGGUUGACACCACUUGUAGAUGGUCACCUAAACGCGUUGAAAUGGCUAUUAGGGUUGUUGUGGAAGCCCUAAAAAGGGCUGAAUUGCGAUGGGUGUCUAGGCAAGAGGUUCGUGAUGCUGCUCGUGCUUAUAUUGGUGAUACAGGGUUGCUUGAUUUCGUGCUCAAGUCAUUAGGGAAUCAUAUUGUUGGGAAGUAUUUGGUUCGUCGAUGCUUAAAUCCAGUAACUAAAGUUUUGGAAUAUUGUUUAGAGGAUAUAUCUAAAGCAUUCCCUAAACAAGAUCAAGGUUUUAGGGUUAAUGACUCAAAAGGGAAACAACAAUACAAAAUUACAUGGGUGCAACUUAUGAAGGACAUAUACUUCUUGUACAACAAUAUUCUAAAAGAGCAUAAGGGAUUAAUGUCAAAUUACACGGGCGUUUUUGCUACAAUUCCAACAGCUUCUAGAAUAAUCCUAGACACGAAGUACUUCCUCAAGGAAUAUAAAGGGGUAUCUAAAGGGGUAUCAGAGCCAGAUUCAAGAAUUGAAACAGACAAAUCCAAGAUUUAUUGCGCGAUUAUGUUGGCAACCAAUGAUGGAUUUGGUGUAGAAGAAAAGGUAAUGACCCCAUUUGAGUGUUUCUUAAUGAGAAAUGAUGUCACAUUUGAUGAGCUAAAAAUUGAAGUUGAAAAAACUUUUGGGGAUAUGUAUUUGGGAUUAAGGAACUUUACCACAAGAUCAAUUAACAACUUGAUGAGCCCAAUUAGUGGAAUAGAAUUGGUGUUUAAUGUGAUGAAACCAGGAAGCAAGAUUGUUUUAGGAGGGGUAAUAAUGUCAAAUAAUGAUGAUAUUAAUAUUAAUGGAGGGAUAUUUGAAGGAAUUAAGAAUAAUAUUAUUGUGGAUUGUAUUUGUGGGACUAAAGAUGAAGAUGGUGAAAGGAUGAUUUGUUGUGAUAUUUGUGAAGUUUGGCAACACACUAGAUGUGUUAAUAUACCAAAUCAUGAAGCAAUUUCAGAUAUAUUUCUUUGUAAUAAGUGUGAGCAAGAUAUCUUACAAUUUCCUUCAUUACCUUAGA